AGCAAGUCACGUCGCGCAAUCGAUGUAAACAAAUAAUCGAGCACUAUAAACAACAACUCCCACAAUACAAUUACAAUCCCAUCCCGGCCGGCGUUAUUGAUAAUCAAACGAAGCAUUUCCUCACACGUCAAUAAAGGAUGGAUAAGCGUGUCACAGUCCUGCUGCCCAACGCCCGGCGGCAGAAUGUGAGCGUUACGGCGAACAUGACGCUGCUGGAGAUCCUGGAGACGGCCUGCGCCAAGCACGGCUACGACAGCGACGAGCACUGCCUGAAGUUCCAUAACAAGGUGGUCAGUCUGACGCAGCAGUUCCGCUUCAGCGGCCUGCCCAACAACUGUGUCCUGGAGAUGGAGCCCACGGAGAAGCGGCGCGUGCUGAGCAGCGUCGUCGUCUGUGUCCAACUGAGCGACGGAUCCCGGGAGCAGGGCGACUUCUCUCCCAACGACACCGUGUGGCAGGUGGUCCAGAAGCUGUGCGAGACCCAGGUGCUGGGCUACGAGAGUCCCAUCAUUGUCUACAUGCGCAGUGAGGUCAUUGGCCAGGAGAAGAUGCAGGAGACGACCCUCAAGUCACUGGGCAUCCUGGAGGGACGCGCCAUGAUGCGCCUUAUUGACAAGAAGCCGGAGGAGCUAAAGACGCAGGCCAAUGUAUACAAGCCGCCGGAGGUGAAGCCCAAGUCCAGGGCCGAUGACGACGACCAGCCGAGCACCUCGCGCUCGGCCAUGGCGGCUGGUGGCCACGGAGGCGGCGGUUUUUCCCUAACCAGCAACAUGAUCAAGAGCCUGAAGCGCACUGCACCCGAUGAACAAGCCACCGCUGCGAACGACAAGGCUGAGCCCUCCGGAAAAGCCGAGACGGAAAAGGAGCCAGAGCCGCAGGCUGCUCCAAAAUACGACUGGGGAAGUGGAUCCGGCUACUCCCUUGCCCACCGACAGCAGCGGCAAAAUCAGCUGGAAAGCAACGAGGGCGAGGACAAUCCCGGCCGACCACCGCCGGUGGUUAAUGUGAUUGGGCCCCGCCAGGCGGUGCUCUUCUCCCUGGACGAGACCAAGAAACAAGCGGACGAUCUGCCGGACUCAUUUUUCGACCUGACCGUGAAUGACCUUAAGAUGGUGCUGCGCGACUUGAAGCGCACUUCUACCGGGGACGACGACGCCCCGUUGCUGACGGCCAAGCUAAGGGAGCUGGAGCGCCAGAAGACCAUGCUGGCGAAGCUGAAUCAGUACAAGGACUGCGUGCUGCGCAUCCAGUUCCCCGAUCGCUUCGUCCUCCAAGGCAUCUUCAAGCCCCACGAACAGCUGGCCAAAGUGGAGGAGUUUGUGCGCCAGUUCUUGGCCCAGCCCGGCGAGCAAUUCCACCUCUUCACCAUCCCACCGAAAAAGGUGCUGCCGUCCAGUGAGACGCUCCUCGAGCUGAACUUCGUGCCCAAUGCCAUUGUCCACUUCGGUUUUCUCAAGGACGGCCUCAACGCGAUAAACAAUCGCUUCGUACAGGAGCAAUACAUGGGGCAGCUGACCUCGGAGGAGGGGGCGCACUACGCGGUGCAGAAGUACCGCCUGACCCGGGCGGCAUCCCCGGAGGCCAAUAGGUAAUAGGGAGAUAAGUGGCUUUAAGCGAACAGUUGCGUGAUAUUUAAUAUGAAUCCGGUUUAUUUCUAUAAAUUUGUACAACUUUGUGAUAACUUUGCCCAUAAAAUUAUCAAAUUAAAUGGUUAGCUGGAGGACUUGCAAA